CCCCGCCGCGGCUCGGCCGCCGGGGCAGGGCCGGGCCGGGCCGCGGGGCAGCAGCGCCAUGCCGUUCGUGGAGCUGGACACCAACCUGCCGGCCGAGCGGCUGCCGCCGGGGCUGGCCCAGACUCUGUGCGCCGCGACCGCCGACAUCCUGGGCAAACCGGCGGAGCGCGUGAACGUGACGGUGCGCAGCGGGCUGCCCAUGGUGCUGUCGGGCUCGGCCGAGCCCUGCGCCCAGCUGGUGGUCUCGUCCAUCGGCGUGGUGGGCACGGCGGAGCAGAACAAGGGGCACAGCGCCCGCUUCUUCGAGGUCCUGACGGCGCAGCUGGGCCUCGGCCCCGAUCGGAUUGUCAUCCGCUUUUACCCACUGGAGCCCUGGCAGAUCGGCAAGAACAGGACAGUCAUGACAUUCCUGUGAUCCUUGGAGCAGCUGCUGGAACCAAGUCAUGAUGAAGGCAACCCAGAGAUGAUCAGCUCUGUCUGCUUGUUUCCCCUUGUGAUCAAAUCUGUGUAGCUCGAUUCACUUUUGUCUUUGCGUCCUGUACACACAAAGCUCAACAGUGAGGCAAUCAACUGAUUUUACUGUAAUAGUUCAAAGUCUUUGUCUCAAGCUCAGGCCUAGACAAAGCUGCUUGUAGCAGUAAAAAAAUUAAUUCUAGCACAUUGGCUUUACUGAGGACCAGAGAGGUUCUGAGGUUUAUCUAGUUUUUCUCAUAGUUUGCAAGGCAGAAAAAAAUCCUUUUUUCUGUUUCUCUGUGGCAACAGAAGGGUCUCAGGCCAGCAAAGAUGACCUGGAAGUCAAAUUCUUUUAUUUUUCAGACUCCCCUGAAAGCACUUUCUGGAAAGAGAGGUGAUUAUUGAGAGAGAAGUUUAGGGAUUGAAGGCUCAUGUCAGAUCUUGUGCUCUGUGCUCUGCCCUUGCCACCUCCUGUGACUGCUCCUGCAAAGUGUUCCUUGUUCACAAGGUUUCCAGGGCUCAGUGUCUGUCUGCUGGUGGCAGUGGCUGGAGGAGAGAGUCACUUCUAAAGACCUGCACUGUGUCACCAGAAAAUAUUUUGAAGUUUCUCUACUGCCAGCUUUAAUUCCUGUUAUUCACUGUUUGUUCAGAGUCCUUUUCCUUGUUCUUAUGGGGAGUUUUGGGAUGAUACAGCAUCUCACUGUGAUCUGUGGCUGAUGUUUCUGGCUCAGUGUCCCUGCAGAGAAGUGUUUUGGGUUUUUAGGACCCAUAUACUCCCUCACUUUAUAACUAGAAUACACAGGGCAUUUUAUUAAAACAAAAGGAGGGUACUUUUUAAGUACAAUGUUGCCUCUGACUUCUGCUGCUAAUAAAAUAAUUUAUCAUU